AAAGAAUUACCACUGCAUGUAUAUUAUGACAAUCUGAACCAAGCAUUGAAUGUAGUGCUAUCCAAGAUUGAGAUGACACACAAGGAAGAACGAAUAAUCCAAGUAUUGACACAAGAAAUCCAAGCUAAAGCAAUCAGAACAUUCGUCACUGGACUGAGAAGUGUAGCUAUCAAGAAUGCCAUCUAUGCACAACAUUAGCAGAUGCCUACAGUAUCGCCCGUACAAUGCAACAUGAUUCACGCCAUCAGAACCUCGAGUACAUUCCACGAUACAACCAUCAUCAGAAUCAUAAUUUCAGCAAUCAUCAUCAGAAUAAUUAUUCUUAUCAACAACAACCCCCAGUUGAACCAAUGGAUAUCGAUUCAUCUACCAUAUUCCGUAGACCAACGAGACAAGGUUACAACAAGAAUCAGCAACAACCAACCUUCAAUCCCUUCAGACAAGCAAUCCAAACAGUUGGCAACCAAUUCAAAAGGUAUAGAGACGAAACAGUCACUAACACCCACAACAAAGCACAGCGAGUGAACCAACUCAACAAUGAAAGAAGCGAAUCGAAUGAGGAAUCGAUAAAUGUAACUAUUGGUGAAGACGAACAAAAACUUUUGCAUGAUAAGGCACCUGAUGAAAAGGAAAAAUGCACCGAUGCAGAAGGUGAUACUACCGCCAAGAAUUCAGCGCAAAAGAGUACAAAAACGAUUGCAGCUUUGGAUGACACAAGAACAUCCAAGGAUGGAUCCAGCAGCAGUAAAUGCAGCAAGUCUGAUGACGAUAAAUCAAAGAGAAAAGAUGAGAAGUCCGGCGACAAAAAGGAUAAAGACAUUAGUGAACAAAAAUCAUCUUCAAACAAGUCUUCGCAGAAGGAUGACAAAGAAAAGUCUUCAGUGAAUAUCUCUACAAAAUCGUCCACAGGAAAGCAGACAACACCUUCACGUAAUCUUUGGAUAUCCGGGUUAUCUUCAUUAACGAGAGCCAGGGAUCUGAAAACUAUAUUUUCUAAAUAUGGAAAAGUUAUCGGAGCCAAGGUGGUCACCAACACCCGAACUCCGGGUACACGUUGUUAUGACUACGUAACAAUGUCAUCAUCGUCGGAUGCCAGUCGUCGCAUUGAGAAUUUGCAUCAUACCGAACUCCAUGGACGGAUAAUAUCAGUAGAGCUCACUAAAAACGAAAUCAGCAACAAGUGUCGCCAAAACACGAGUGGAUAAAACAGAAAUAGAUCCAGUUGGAAAAGCGGAUGUAGUAACAACCAUUUGAGAGUUACUAAUACCAUGGCAGCUUGCGUUAAAGCAAACGGACGAACUAAAAACCAAAAGACCACAACAAGAAAAGAAAACACAGAGAAUUCCAAGAAGGACAAAUAAUCUACGAAAACAAGGAAUGGAAUACCUAACCAAUAAGAACACCACUACAACCGUAUAAAAAGGCAGGAGCCUUUACUCUUUUUUAAAGGAGGGGAGAGUUAAGGAACAUGUGUUACUUAAUCCCAUUUUUGUAUCGAAAACAUAAAUUAUCAACUGGAAACCUAAACAAACAAUAACAAUAGUCUCGCCUAGCAUAAUAAAUGUAACAAACAAAAUAAAUGUGUGAAAAUGUAAACUGCGCCAAACUAUCUCAUUAACAAGUAAGCAAAUAUUGUAAAUGCACUAUCAAUACAACAGACAAUGUAUAUGUAUACAAACCUAAACAAAUAAUAGAAUCUGUACCUACAGAAACUAUCAACUAGUAAUAAGUAAACAUUCUAGUUAGUAUAAAUAGAAGCAUAACCAUACACGCUUCGUCUUUUGUAUUUUGAAUAUUACUAAUAAAGAACGUUCUGCUGUCAAUGCAGAACUAAAAUAUUUUUUUGACUAAAAUAACCCAAGUGUUAUUAACUCGCUCGAGGCAUGUGUGGAAUUUAAUAGAGAAGAUGACAGCCAUGGUGCUCCAUGACCUGAGAAGAGCAGAACAGCAAAGAAGGAAUGAAGCUAGAGCAGCGAAUAUCGCUCAAAUGACGUGAGCCCACAGGCUAAGCAUGCCCUGCGAUGACAUGCCUAACGGCGGUCCCGCAGGGUCUCAGUAAAGCUAAAGGAGACGGAGUUAGGGUUUAGUACGUAGGCGUACCGUUUCGCAAGUCCAGAAGAGUAGGUAAUACUGACUGUGCGUGGUCCCGAAUGAGGUGCACCUAUAGCGUGCGGUACGAAACCGGCACAAAAAAAAAAAAAAAAAUAUGGGAAUAACAAGUGCCGCACGCAUCUUUCCGCAUCUCCGUUGUCACGGACAACCAAUGGCCGAAGAUCAGUUGGACGACAAAGCGUCACAACAUUGUUUUGCUGGUAGAAAAUUCGAGCUGUGCCGAAAAACACAAACGAACAAACGCCGAUUGUCACCGCUUCCCUUGCCACUCGAACAGUUUCGCCUACAAACCAUCGCAAAUAUGUACAUAUGUUUAUGUAUACAUAUCCGCGCCGAUUUUUACGAGCCACGGCAAAAUAUUUCAGAUUCGACAAAUAUUUUGAAUCGACAAGAACUAUGUUGCCAAUUUAGCCACUCUUUUCUGUGUUUUGUGAGUUUGCGGGGUUAUCUACGAAUAUUUUCCCUUUCAGAGGAACAUCAGAAAAUUGU